AUGCUUGCCCACUUAACGUCCCCGCCCUAUGGCUAUGCCACCCUUCUUGUUCUGCUGGUUGCGACCAGCACCACAAGUCUGCGUCUGGACGAACGUCGUCUGGCACGUGCCGCGGCCUCCCUGCAUCGCCAAAUGGAGCAGCUGCAGCGAGCGCAGGUCUCACCUGAUUGGUUGGAAGGCGGCCUGAUCUCACCUGACGACAACUUCGACGAAGCCGCGGUUGAGAAGCGGUCUGACGAAACCGCUGGAAUGGCGAUUCCGCCGGAAGCCGUGCUCAAUAACCCCACUGCGUUGAGGAAUUACCUUCGACAGGUGAAUGAGUACUUCGCACUCAUUGGACGACCAAGGCAAGUUGAAAUUUAA